AUGAGAAUAGGGUGUACGAAAAAAAUGGUGUUUUUGAUUAGCCUUAACGCUUUGUUUUUGGCUAUAACUCCCUUUGAGUUUUGGAAUUCAUUACUAGGGUGUUUACUGACUCUUCACAAAAAGUUGAACGUCACCAAGCUUUACGAGUCAUCCACCAUCUAUCACUUAAUCUUUCGGUUAGACGAUAUUCGAAAGGCUGGGAAGAUAUUUUUCCUCACAAGCGAACCUAAGUAUCAAGAUUCAGGUGGGGAAUAUAUUUACAGGCGUUUGGUGAGAGAUAUAAUUUACACCUACAAAAAGGCUAGAUCGGAAUUCAAUUUACCUCCACUAAUGCGCACCCGCGUUGUCCCCUCAGAAAGUGAAAAAGCAGAAGCUCUACAAUCUCUGCGUGCAGCUUCACUACAACAGGCUACUGGUCAUUUUGCGAAAGCCAAGAAACUACUGGAACAUGCAUUCAAACUUGACCCGGACAAUAUAGAUGUCUUAAUUGCUUUGGGUGAAGCUAUAGAGAGUUCUUAUUACUAUGGGAAAUCUACCCCGCAUGUUGCUCUUCCUUUAACGAAGUCUCUGAUCCCUGUCUAUGGCCAAGUACCAAACAAUGAUGCUGAUGGUCUUAUCUUGACUGCUGAACAUCUUUAUACAAAGGCAUUGAUUGUUGACCCCACCAUUUCUAAAGCUUGUGUACACCGAGAACGUUUGAUGCCAAUUGUGGAGGAAAUAGAUCAACGAAUUCUCAAUGCAAUCGAUUUUAAAGUUCGUCAGUUCUAUCAUAUUCCAGAAGGUGAUCCAGGUUUGCGUCGUGCUAAAGUUGAACAUUAUUUCAAGCAUGUAUAUCACUCAAAUGCUAUUGAGGGUAAUACGCUUACAUUGGCUCAAACUCGAUCAAUUUUGGAAACACGAUUAGCUGUUGGUGGAAAAAGCCUAUUGGAGCAAAAUGAAGUCCUUGGUAUGGAUUCAGCUCUCAGAUAUAUUAACAACACUCUUUUACGUGGAGAUUUGUCUGCUAUAACACUGGACAAUAUAUUGGAAUUGCAUCGUAGACUCUUAUCGUUUGUGGAUUUGAGGGAAGCUGGAAGAUUACGACGUUCUCAGGUUUAUAUUGCUGAUCACCAACCACCACCUCCAUCUAGUGUACCUGAUCUAAUGUCGGAAUUAAUUAGUUGGUUAAGUUCUGAUGAAAUAGCCGAUAUGCAUCCUAUUGAAUUAGCUGCGCUAACGCAUUGGAAAUUAGUGUUUAUUCAUCCAUUUUAUGAUGGAAAUGGACGUACUGCUCGACUUCUUAUGAAUUUGAUUUUAAUGCGUUCUGGUUUACCUCCAGCUAUUAUUAAAAUAGAAGAUCGUUUUACUUAUUAUGAAUUGCUAAAAACAGCAAAUGAUGGAGACGUACGUCCAUUUAUUCGUUUCAUAGCAACAUGUACGGAACGAACACUUGAUGAAUAUUUAGAAGCAGCUGUACUAAAUCAUCAAACAAAAUCCGAUCGUGUUACUCGUAUUCCAAUUGAAAGUGUAUUGAAUGAUGACAAAGAGUCAAGUUCAGUAACAUCUGCUGUUCAUAAAUCAAAAUCCGUAAGUUCAUCGUCAUCAGCCUAUAAUGUUCAAUAUUCUCCACCACGACGACAACAACCACAUGCUAUUCAUCCUUAUCCAUCAAGACUUACGUCUUUUGCUGAUCCUGAAGAUUCAACUAUCCAAAUAGCUUUACCGCCGAAUAUAAUUUAUGCAGGUGGAUCUAUCGAAAAUUUACGUCGUCAACUACGUUCAAUUCGGUUUAGUUAUGAUGUCAAUUUUCAAGGUAUGGUGUUGGGUCAGUCAUCUGCAUUUGUUGAAUUUUAUCGGCGUUUACUCUGUGAUUAUAAUGCAAAAGUCACCAGUUACCUCGUUGAACUUGGAUUUGGAAUGCUCGGCACAACAGACAGCAGAUUUAUUGAAGUGCUUUAUCGUAUUCUUCGAGAUGUUUUCUCUUAUCGACCAUCGAUUACAAUGGCACAAUUUUUUGUGACUGGAUUUGCAGAACGUAAAAUUGAAAUGGCUACCACUGUUGCUUUACAUAUUGGAUCCUUAAUUAAACAUCAAGAUAAGAAUAGAAUACAUUCCAAUUAUUAUCAGCAUCAACGACAACACGAGAGCCGACAUCAUAAUGAUCAGUUGAAGGCUAAUUCGAACACACAAAUACCUUUAGUGUUGCCUGGAGUUUCAUUCCAUCGAUCAAUUGAGCGGAAUGUUGAAAAAUCACUUGUUCCAUCUAAUGAUAACAGCAAUAAUAAUGAUAAUAAUACUGAAUUGUGUAGAAAAUUUGUACAUUCCAGUGGAAAAAGUCCUGUACUCUAUAAUGAUUUAUCGAAUGAAAUCAAUUGUACUGUUUUAAAUGGUAAUAAAACUGUUCAAAGUAGAGAAUGUUCACAAGAACCUCAUAACCGUGGUAAUGAUCGUAAUGUAAAUGGUAAAGAAGCAAAGAUUUACAGGACAAAGACACUAAAUACUGAUCUUAAUUCACGUGAUCAAUAUAACAAAUUCAAAAAUGAAUAUGCUCAGUAUAAACACAUCUAUCAUGCCCAUCAUCCAUUUGACAAUAACAAUCCACGACGUUCUUAUACAUCUCAUACACUAUAUGAAAAUUGUACAAAAUUAUCCGAUCAUAAAUUGACCGCUUCUACUACUGGAUCCGUCAGUACGGUGACUGCAACUUCAAUGGUGCCAAUAAAAUCACUUGAUGCCCCAAAUAAUUCGAAGCAACGCUCAAAAGAGAAUUAUUGUACUUCAUCAUCAUUUAAAGAUCACAAUAAUAAUACUAAUGAAUAUUUGUUAUUCAGUAGCAAUGAUCUUCCUUCAGUGGUUGAUCAUCAGGAUAAUCAAUCUAGUUUAAUGAAUCAUGAAGAUCUUCGAAAUAUAAUGAAUUCAUUGUUCCAAUUAACGGGUAAAGUGAAUGGUAUGCUUACACGUAUAAAUAAAUUAGAGAGCAGACUAACAAAUGUUGAAACUGAUUGUUCGUUUAAUCAUCGUUCAAGAAUAUAUAGCGGAAAUACUGUUGGUUCAAAUCAACCACUCACGGAUUCAAUUGAUAUAUAUGGUAGUAGGAAUAUUGUCAAUCCUACUAGUUUACCUCAUGUUGUUACAGGAAAAUAUAGUAGUCAUUUGCCCAUUAACUCAACAAAUUCACUUGUCACAUCUAAUAGUGGCAGUUCUACGUUGGAUACGUUCAAUGAAACGAAGUGCACAAUUGGAACAAAAACAAAUACUACCACGAAUGCUGUAAUGUCAUCGUUACCAGUGACAACGGCGACAACAACAACCAACUCUUAUGAUGUUAAAUCGUAUGCAGAUCGUUAUAUUCCAAGUUAUAAUAAUAAAUUAUCUGAGUCUUUCUUAUCAAAACCUAAAUAUUUAACAUCAACAAAAUUGAAUUUACAAGAUAACAACGAUUAUCAUUAUUCAGUUGCUAGUAAUCAAGCUAUAAUGGAUAAAACAGAAAGUCAGAACGUGAAAAUUUCUAUAAAUGAUGAUAAUCAUCAAUCUAUCAAAAAUGUUCCGAAUACUUUUAAUUCAUUCCAUGAUUCAUACAAAUACAAUGAAAAUUGUUAUGACUUAUCAAGUCGGAAUGAAAUUCCAGAAUCCGUUCAUUCUAAAUAUGCUGACUCUUUGAAAACUAUCAAUCAUCGAUCAUCUAGAUUACUUGAUCUGAAUACUUGUUCACUGGUCGAUUUAGAUCAACAAUCUGAAAUUCAAUCCCUUUCAUUCGGUCGUAAUAAUUCGGCAUUACCUUAUCGUCCUAAAUCAUCUGCUGAUUAUUCUACCAGACAUGAUACAUCUAAUCCAUUUGAGAAUUCUUGUGGUCAGCGUAAAAUGAUGAUACCUUUGUUACCAUUAAAUUCAUCACGUAAAUCUGUUGAAUCAAAGACUCCAAUCAAUCAGAAGUCCGAGGCUUCAUAUCGUGCUCAAGUGGAACGUAUAACCAAUAUGCUUGCUGAAACACAAAAUCUUCUUCAAGAGCAUUCUCCUGUUGUUAAAAUGAACGAAAUAUUCAGCAGUAACAAUAAUAAUAUCAUAACCAAUGAUAAUAGUAAUAAUGCAGUGAUUUUAAAAGCAUAA